GUUUUGACUGAGGCUUCUUUCCUCGGUUUUUCUGUUGCUGUUUCGAAAAUGGCGGCCCCGGAGCAGUCGCUGCCGAUACCGAGAGGAUGCCCGAGCUCCAGUUCGCUCUCCUCGCCGCGAGGCGACCGAACCCUUCUGGUGAGACACUUGCCAGCCGAGCUGACCGCUGAAGAGAAAGAGGACUUGCUGAAGUACUUUGGGGCGCAGUCGGUGCGCGUCCUGUCAGAUAAGGGGAGACUGAAACAUACAGCUUUUGCUACUUUCCCUAAUGAAAAAGCAGCUAUAAAGGCAUUGACAAGACUCCAUCAGCUAAAACUUUUAGGUCAUACUUUAGUGGUUGAAUUUGCAAAAGAGCAAGAUCGAGUAUACUCCCCAUGUCCCACUUCAAGCAAUGAAAAAAAGAAAAGGUCUGAUGACCCGGUGGAAGAUGAUAAAGAAAAGAAAGAACUUGGUUGUUUAACAAUAGAAAAUGGAAUUGCACCAAACCAUGGGCUGACUUUUCCUCUGAAUUCUUGCCUCAAGUAUAUGUACCCACCACCUUCAAGCACAAUCCUAGCAAACAUAGUAAAUGCUUUGGCAAGUGUGCCUAAGUUCUAUGUACAGGUACUUCAUCUUAUGAAUAAAAUGAAUUUGCCCACACCUUUUGGACCAAUUACUGCACGACCUCCCAUGUAUGAAGACUAUAUACCAUUGCAUGCACCUCUUCCACCCACAUCUCCUCAGCCACCUGAAGAACCUCCUUUGCCAGAUGAGGAUGAGGAAUUAUCUAGUAAAGAAUCAGAAUAUGAAAGCAGUGAUGAUGAGGACCGACAGAGAAUGACCAAAUUAAUGGAACUAGCAAAUCUUCAGCCCAAGAGAACAAAAACAAUAAAGAAACGCCAUGUGAGAAAAAAGCAAAAAAUAAAGGAUAUGUUGAAUACACCUUCAUCUGCUUCUCACAGCAGUUUACAUCCAGUGCUGUUACCUUCAGAUGUAUUUGACCAACCACAACCUGUAGGUAAUAAAAGAAUUGAAUUCCAUAUAUCUACAGAAAUGUCAGCUGCUUUUAAGAAAGAUUUAGAGAAGGAACAAAAUUGUGAGGAAAAAAAUUGUGAUUUACCUGCUCCUGAAGUUGAUGCAUCCAAUAUAGGAUUUGGAAAAAUCUUCCCAAAACCUAAUUUGAACAUCACAGAGGAGAUCAAAGAAGACUCUGAUGAUAUGCCAUCAGAAUGUAUUUCUAGAAGAGAGUUGGAAAAGGGCAGAAUUUCUAGAGAAGAAAUGGGAACACUUUCAGUUUUCAGAAGUUAUGAACCUGGUGAACCAAACUGUAGGAUUUAUGUAAAGAAUUUAGCUAAACAUGUUCAGGAAAAGGACCUUAAAUUUAUUUUUGGAAGAUAUGUUGACUUUUCAUCAGAAAUGCAACGGAUCAUGUUUGAUAUACGCUUGAUGAAAGAAGGUCGUAUGAAAGGACAAGCUUUCAUUGGACUUCCAAAUGAAAAAGCAGCAGCAAAAGCCUUAAAGGAAGCUAAUGGAUAUGUUCUUUUUGGAAAACCCAUGGUGGUUCAGUUUGCUCGAUCUGCUAGACCAAAACAAGAUUCUAAGGAAGCAAAAAGAAAGUGUUAAAAAUUAGUAAAGGUUCCUUUUGAAUUCCCUGUCUUUCAAGUGCUUUCCAACUUGGAGGAGAAGAAAGUGACCACCUGGACUGUGGAACUGUGCGUAACAACUUUGAAAGUGUAUUUAAAUAUUAAAUCUGUAUGUAUUUAAAUCAGUUUA